UGGAAUUCUGCGCCGAUCUAUUUUCAAUAGCAAAUUGAAAAUUAUAAAUACUUAAAAUUUCAAUCCGAGAAGGAUGGAAAUGCGACUGUUAGGGAACUUCCAUUGUAGAUUCCCCGCAAAAUUGACCUCUGCAUUUUUAUGGCAAACUCUCAACAUUUUUUCUCUGUCUUUCAAAAGGUUUAUCUUUUCUUCCCGUUCUUCUUCCCUCAACACUUAUUUUCGUACACCAGUACAUCUGCACUUACUCCAAUCUCCCUCUUUUCUCUGUUCAUGCGAGGACCUCCGAACUCUCAAGCAAAUCCAAGCAUCUCUAAUCGUUUCAUACGGGCAUAGCAUUGAUGCUGCUGCUGUUUCAAUGCUGGGAAGUUUAUAUGCAAAGUUUGAGGAAAUUCAGCAUGCCCUUUUCCUUCUCUGUUCUUUACAAGGACCCUGUACACAUCACUGGAAUCAGGUUAUAAAGACCUGUGUUGAUUUGGGUAUGGUUGAGUCUGCUUUUUUUGUUUACAAUGGAAUGAGAGAGAAGGGUAUCUUGCACGAUAAUUACACAUUUCCGAUAUUAAACAGGGCUGUGGCAAUGAGUUGCGGUAAGGAUUGGUAUGGCAAGUCCAUUCACGGGUUGUCUUUUAAAAUGGGUUUUGAUUUGGACAUUUAUUUCUGCAAUACGUUGAUUGAGAGUUGUACCAAGACUAGGGGGCUUGUUGAUGCUUUUCAGGUGUUUGAAGAGAUGCCUCAAAGGGAUUUGGUUUCUUGGACUUCAAUAAUUUCGGGAUUUCUCUCUGAAGGUGAUUGUUUUGAAGCAUUCAACUUGUUCAGAGAGAUGAAAAAAGAGAUUCUACCUAAUUCAGUGACAAUUAUAGUUGUCUUGAAAGCAUGCCCAAGCCUUGUGGAAUGUACACAGGUUCACUGUUAUGUGAUUAAAUAUGGAUUCUUGAUUGAUGUAUCGAUUACCAACUCCAUUAUGAAGAGCUACUCUAACUUUUUUAGUGUCAACGAAGCAGAGGCUCUUUUUUGUGAAUUAGAAAAAGUAGAUGUCAUUUCUUGGAACAUUAUGAUUUCUUUGUAUUCCUUGAGAGGAGAGAUUGAGAAAGUGACAUGUUCUUUUAGUGAAAUGAGGGAUGAUGUCGGACCCAGUGUUGAGACUUUAACAACCUUAGUUUCUGGGCUUUCAAAUGGUGGGUGUCUUUCCACAGGAAGCCAAAUACAUUGUCUUUCUCUAAAAAGUAGACUAUUGGAUGAUAUCUUGAAAUGUUCUUUGUUGAGUUUUUAUGGAAAGUGUAGUAACAUGGAGGGUUCAACUAAGUUGUUUGACGAAAUACCUCACAAAAACUGUGUGGUUUGGAGUGCAAUGAUGACCAGUUUCACAGACAAUGGUCAUUUUAUAGAGGCUAUUAAGUUAUUCCUUAAAAUGUUAGUUUUGGGUAACAAGCCGGUCUCAGAAAACUUUGAGAACCUCGUUAUUGCUUAUACAAAUAUGGGUGCUUUGCAACUGGGAAAAGGAGUUCAUGGAUACCUUAUAAGGAACUCACUCUAUAUUAGCAAAACUCUAAAGACCUCGAUCUUGAACAUGUACAUAAAAUGUGGAAAAAUCUCCUCUGCAAGAAUCUGCUUUGAUGAAAUGGCAUCAUCCAGAGACGUGGUGAUGUGGACAUCGAUGAUUGAAGGGUAUGGGACCCAUGGACUAGGUUCAGAAGCAGUCCGCUUGUUCCGCGCCAUGGUAGAAGAUGGACCUGAGCAGCCAAACAGUGUGACUUUUCUAAGCUUGUUGUCUGCUUGCAGUCACUCUGGCCUUUUGACUGAAGGUGUUGAAAUCCUUCACUCAAUGAAAACGAGGUUCAAGGUUGAACCUGAUUUGAAUCAUUACACUUGCAUUGUUGAUCUAUUGGGACGGCUGGGUAAGGUUAAAGAGGCCCUAACCAUGGUAAUGAAACUGGCCGUUUUACCAGACAGCAGGGUUUGGUCUGUCCUCCUUUCUGCUUCUUUGCGAGGGUGUAACUGUCAGAAAGUUGCAGAUUAUGCUUGUCAAAGGAUCAUGGAAUUGGAUUCUGAGAAUGCUGGAUACUACACUUUGUAUAGCAAUGUUCAAGCUAGUGCUGAAAGGUGGGAUGGAGUUGAAUGUAUAAGACGUACCAUGAAUGAAAGGUUUCUAGUAAAGAAACCAGGCUGGAGCUGUAUAGAAGCUUGAUGGGUUGUUCCCGGGCUGGAGGAGUUGAUUUCUAAGUAGGAAAGUGUAUGAUUAAGGCUUUAAUGGUUUGAUUUAUAUAUAACAUAUUUCACACAUUAUUGUUUGAUAAUUUUUGCAUUCUUUAUUAUAACGGGAAAGCUCAUUUCUCCCUGAAAAUAUGCGUGCCUGGGUUGUGUUCCCUCCCUGGUUCUUCAGUAAGAGUACUGGCAAAGUUCUUGAGGUAUAGCCGUAUAGUUUAUUAGUUUCUCAUUACAUUUAAGUGACACUGAGUGUCACAUAAUAUAAGAUUUUCCAAUCAUCUCUCGCCUUAAAUACUAGCAAUAGGCUUUACAAGAUAGUGG